AUGAGACCUUCAAGAGGAAAAGAAGUUGUUGAAAGUCAUCAUUCAGCAAAUAGACAGAACUGCCCUCCACCCUUACCGCUCGGUCAUUUAAAUGAAAAAUUCCCAGAAUUAUAUUUUGAGCUUGCCGAAUUAUCUUACCUAAUUCAUAUUUUUAAACAAAUUGAGAUUGAAACAUUUAAUAAUAAUGCGGGAAUGCUAAAUAUACUCAAAGGGUUAAGUCAGUUGAGAUUUCAAGAAGGAACUCCUCAAUAUAUUUUGGUUGACAACAUGUUUGAAAAGAUUGAAAUGGUAAAAUAA